GUCCCUUGGCCGGUCUGGCGCCGUCUGGUCACAGGCCCUCACUCCCUCUCCCUCCCCCGCACUGCCUUGCUCAAGUCUCGUGCUGCUGUAAAUCACUGCCCUCGCCCUCACCCUCUCCCUCGCCCUCCCUCCCCAGUGCCAUUCUUUCUUUCUCCAGACUCGCCCUUCGACUCACCUUCCCUUGUUGCUCUGCCAGCCUCAGCUCACGAAACAGCCAACACUCCACCUACGUCACCAUCGUCAUGCCACAGUCAAGACCAAAACCCUCUGAAAUAGCUGCCGAAGCAAAGCGAGUAUGGAUGCCUCACAUUUGGAAACACUACAUUCGAGACUCCAAGACGUCAUAUCUCUAUCCAGAUUCUGCACAAAUACGAGUCAAUGUCGACAAGCGCUCAUCACAACGGACCAGAGUCGCAGUCAUGGAGGGUGACCCCAUCAACUAUGCCCUGGGCUGGUACCAGAGCGCUCUCAAUGCCGACCCAAACUGCAAAAGAAUUCCUGUGGUCAAUGUAGCCAACGAAAAGCGCGCAGGUGGCGACUGGGAAUCUGGCCUCAUGGCCCCAGAAGAGUGCUUUGCACGGAGAAGCAACUUGGUUCACGCUCUCACCAUGCCCUGGAACGCACAAUUAGGCGUCGAAGAGAAUUUCUACCCCAUCCCACAAAGAGGUGGCAUCUACUCUCCCGAAGUGUACGUUUUCAGAGCCGGUCCGGAACAAGACUAUGCACCCUUUUCAGACAUGGCCUCACUUCCCGUGAUAUCAGUCGCUCCAGUGCGGCGCCCAAAACUUGACGAGAGCGGUUGCAAGUACUCAUUUGCACAAGAAAGAGAGUUGAUGCGAGAGAAGAUGCGAGCAGUGCUGCGCAUCGCAUCCUACUGCGGCCAUCGAAACUUGGUUUUGGGCGCGUUUGGUCUCGGACCAAUAUUCCGCAACCCGGCGCAGGAAGUAGCGUGCAUGUGGAGACAAUUACUCUUUGAGGAAGAAGAGUUCCACGGCGCAUUCCAGGAUAUAGUCUUUGCUAUUGACAGUAGCAUGGUCGGAUCACCAAGCAAGGGCUGCAUGUCUGACGUGGACAUUUUUAGGCGCGAAUUCGAUCCUGCCACCAUUUGGCCAACAAAGUGGUGAAAGGGUGACAAGAUUUGACUACCACUCUCCCCCCCCCCCUAAAGAAAAAAGAU